AUGGUCAUCGUGGAUCUCGACUCCUCGCCUCCGGCGCCAAGGAGGUCGGAAUGGCCCUCGAAGCGCUCGAUAUCGCCCGUCAGAGGCGCUCACCACAGCAGCGAUGCCGACGAGCUCGCUGACGAGACGAUACCUUGCUCCCCAUUCCAAACACAAGCCACUCAGAUCAUCAGCCGAGCUACACAACCGACACAGCCGCUACAACCAAAACCGCUUCCCGAUAUCUCGUCCUCGCCUUCGGCGCGAUCGGUAAUCGAAGUUCCUGCCUCGUCGCCGUUUCAGUCCAAACCCCAGCCGAAGCAGUCGACUGUGUCUAGCUACUUCAAUCGCCUCGCCCCUGCGGGAACGAGAUUUCAGCCCCCGGCUGCCGCGAAGUCGGCCAAGCGCCCCCGCGAGGAGCCCGUGGUCAUUGACGAUUCUUCGGACGAAGAGGACACUAGGAAGGUCGACAUGAAUCGCACUGCCUUCAGCACGCAUGUUCGGUCUUUCCAGUACGAUUCGACAUCAGUCGACGAUCUGCAAAAGAAGAUCGACGAGGUGGCAAAGGCCAUGGGAAAUACAAUGCCAGUUCAUUGCUAUAAGGAAGCACUGGAAAACUGCCAUUACGAUGUCUCGGACGCGAUCGAGUAUUUGCUCGAGGGCAAACAUCUCAAGUCCAAGCACAACAGCUUUGUGAGCUCCACGAAACCGAACGUCUCGGGCAGUAGCGAGAGAAGUCAACCGACGAAGCCGAAGCUACUUGGGCGUCACACCCCAUCUUUGCCCACUCCGUCACGGAGCAUUACCCCCUCCCCUCCGAAGCCAAAGCGUCGCCGCCUCAUUCAAGGCCGCCGGCCUGGCAGAUCGCCAGUCUCGUCGCAACAGACCCCGCAGCUGGCUCAAGAAGAUAACGACGGGUUGGACGAGCUUGCAGACGACAGAGUGGAAGAGCCAAUUAUUAUUCCCUCCGACGGAAAUGACGACGAUUUUGACAACGAAGAUGAAGUAAACGAGGCGGUGAAGGAUAGCCUGCACGACAAAGCCUUGCAAGUCAUCAACACGAGCACCAUCGAGGACUUGUCCGCCAUGACGAAUAUCAAGCAAGACGAGCUCAAGAUCAUCGAGAGCAAACGCCCUUUCGACUCUAUUGGAGAGGUCCAGGCUGUCAGCCUCCUCAAGAAGUCAGGCGCUCGCGGCCGUAAAUCCCCCAAGGUUGCCGUCGGAGAGACUCUGGUGGAUACCAUCAUGGAGUUCACUCAAAGUGUUAAUGCCAUUGACGACGUGGUUGCCGAGUGCGAGAAGAAGGCGAACGGGGUUAAGCAGGAGAUCAACAUGUGGGAUAUCGACUUCCGAGGACAAAAACGCAGCACCCAAGGUUCUUCGACAAGCGGAGAUCUUCCUCUUACACCGUCCAGCUUCCGAGGAGGACAGAAGUACUCCGAUCCCCCGAUUCCUCGCCAGCCAAAGUUCAUGGAGGGUCACUGCACGAUGCGUCCAUUCCAGCUAUUCGGCCUCAACUGGAUGUCAUUGCUGUAUAACAGUGGGUACGGAUGUAUCCUGGCCGACGAAAUGGGCCUCGGCAAGACGUGUCAAGUCAUCUCCUUGAUCUGUCAUCUCGUUGAGAAUUAUGAGAAGACCGGCGCUGGCGAAAGACCUUGGCCCAAUCUCGUAGUUGUGCCGCCUUCGACUUUCUCCAACUGGAUGGCAGAGUUCGAACGCUUUGCCCCCGAUCUCUCUGUUCUUCCUUACCAAGGCUCUCAAGCCCAUCGCCGAGAGAUGGCAGUCGAGAUGCUUGACAACCAAGAAGACUACCACGUCGUAUUGACAACCUACACACAAGUUGGGUCAGAAGAGGACCUGGAAGCCAUGCGCGAGCUUCGACCAGCUACCGCCAUCUUUGAUGAGGGACACAAGAUGAAGAAUCCCAAGACCAAGAUCUACAAAGAUCUCAUCAAGAUCAAGGCUAGAUGGAGAAUGCUGCUUACGGGCACUCCGGUGCAGAACAACUUGAUGGAGAUGCUUUCCCUCUUGAACUUUAUCGACCCUGCGCAGUUUAGCGGCCGGAUGGAGCAGUUGGCAUACAUGUUCAGCCAGAAGGUCACCAUCCGCGAUGUCAACAAUGGUGCUUUCCUCUAUGGAGAGCGCGUCAGCCGAGCGCGCACGAUUCUUGAGCCAUUCAUUUUACAGCGACGGAAGCAACAAGUCCUUUCCGACAUGCCGGCGAAGAUCUGCAACGUCGCCUACUGCGAUCUGGCAGCGUCGCAAAAGGACCUGUACGAAGACUACGAGCGUCUCUUCAAGUCUGGUCCUGCAAAGAAGACAACGAGCGGUCGCCAAAGUGAUCAGAACAACAGCUGGAUGCAACUUCGGAAGGCAGCCAUCCAUCCUCAACUCUUCCGCCGGUACUUCACCGACAAGAAGGUCGAGAAGAUGGCCAAUAUUCUCAUGCAAGAAGUACCGCAGUCGGAACUGCAGCAACCGCGGAUUGAUCACUUGAUUGGCGAGUUGAAGAACUGCUCCGACUUCGAGCUACACCUGUGGUGCCGCGACUACGCUUGCAUCAGGGAGCUUGAUGUUCCUGAAGGCUCUUGGAUGGAGAGUGGCAAGGUUUCCAAGAUGCUGGAACUCAUCCACCAGUAUCAGGAAAACGGCGACCGCGUGCUUGUGUUCAGCAAAUUCGCAAAGGUCAUCGAGAUUCUGCGGGAGGUGCUCGCCAGCGAUGGCGUCAGACACUGCGUUCUUUACGGCCAAACAGAGGUCUCAGAGCGCCAGAGCCUGAUUGACGAGUUCAACACCGACACCGACAUUACCGCCUUCUUGCUGACAACUGGCGCCGGCGGUACUGGCAUCAACUUGACCUCGGCGAAUAAGAUCAUCAUCUUUGACCAGUCCGACAACCCCCAGGACGAUAUCCAAGCUGAAAACCGCGCCCACCGUCUGGGACAAACCCGUGACGUCGAAGUGAUUCGCCUCCUCACUUCUAACACCAUCGAAGAACUCAUCUACAAGGCAUGCCAGAAGAAGAUAGAGCUGGCUGAGAAGGUGACAGGUGCGGCGGAGGAGGUGAACGGAAAGGCUACGGAGGAGAACUUGGAGAAGGAGGUUCGGAAGAUGAUGACGGAGCAGCUUACUCCGUCAUGA